UAAGGAAGUAUGUGGCGGGCAGGAGUGGUUCAGUCUCGCUUGAGAUUGCAGUUGUUCAUUUGUGGUCAGAUGCAAGUUAGUAAAAGUUGAAAUCAUCUCGUCUCAUUUUCCCCCAAACUGUUGGAAAAAAUGUCGAAAAACGACCCCAAUGAAAGAAUGAGAUCGAAAGAAGUCUUCGGAAAAGAAGAACUGGGAAGAGUCUUUCGGUCACACUCGAUCAAGGAUCAGCUCACUGGAAAAGAAAAAGAAUUGCUUGAAUUGUGUGGGAGUGAUUCGCGAUUGGAUCUAACGGGAAAAAUCAAAGAAUUAAUUCAAUUCGGAAUUAAACUGAACGCAAAGGACAAAAACGGAAUGAAUGCGCUCCAUCUUUUGUGUCGGUACUAUUCAAACGAAAAAUUAAUCGACGCAAUUAAACUCGUAAUCGAAAGCGGAAUCGACGUGAAUGCAAGGGACAACAAUGGAAUGAAUGCCAUUCAUUAUUUGUGUCGAUACCAUUCAAGCAAAAACUUAAUCGACGCAAUUCAAAUUUUAAAUAAAUCCGGAAUCGACGUGAAGGCAAAAACUAACGAUGGAUCAAAUGCGCUCCAUUAUUUAUGUCGAGACAAUUCAAACCCAAAUGUGCUCGACGCAGUUAAUAUUUUGAUUGAAGUCGGAGUAGAUGUGCAGACAAAGGACAAAGAUGGAUGGAAUGCGUUGUAUUAUUUGUAUAAUAAAGAUAAGAAGGAAAUGAAAAUUUGGAUCAAUCGGGAUACUUCUCCAAUAGGGAAAGGUGGCUUUGGUAUGGUAUUUAAAGGGAAUUUCGGAGGUCGUGAAGUGGCAGUAAAAAGAGUUCUAAUAGAUCGUGUCGACAAAAGAGAAGAAGAAGCAAUGCUAAAGUUAUAUCAUCCAAACAUCGUCAAACUUCUUCACUGUGAAAAAGACAACGACUUCAUGUACUACGCAUUGGAAUUAUGUGUCGCUUCGUUAGAUCAACUUUUCCUGAAGGAGGAUGUUUCCAAAAAAUACAAUGGACGUAUGCCACCUCCAAUCAAAAUAUUCCGUCAAUUAGCUACAGGCUUGGCAUACAUCCAUUCGCAGAAAUUAAUUCAUCGCGACAUCAAACCGGAAAACAUCCUCAUUUCGUGCAAGCCUGGAAAAUGUGAAGAGAUAAUAAUGAAAUUGUCUGAUUUUGGACUAGCCAAAUGCGUAAACGAAAAGGGACUUCACUCGUGGACUGGAGUGAGAGGAACGAGAACUUGGUACGCACCCGAAGUGCUGGAAAAACUCAUCAACGGAAAAAAGGCGGAAAACGCGGAAAAGGCGGAUGAGUUUUGGGGCACGGUCAAGAGUGACGUGUUUGUCCUCGGUCUCGUCUUCGGUUAUUUUUUUUUAAAGGGAGAGCAUCUAUUCGGUUCAAGUGAGGAGGAAAUUCACAAAAACAUAAUUAGACAUGAUCCGGUGAAUAUGAAAAAUAUUGAUGACGAAUUGCGCAAAUAUUAUGAGGAUGACUUACUAAACAAAAUGUUGGAACACGAUCCGGAUAAAAGAAUUAGUUCGAAAGAAGUCGUCGAACAACUGGAACCCAUCACGAAAAAGCUCACUGAAAAAGAAAAAGAAUUACUUGAAUUGUGUGGGCGUGAUUCGCGAUCGGAUCUAACGGAAAAAAUAAAAGAAUUAAUUCAAUUCGGAAUUAACGUGAAGGCAAAGGACAAAGACGGAAUGAAUGCGCUCCAUCUUUUGUGUCGGUACUAUUCAAACCCAAAAUUAAUUGACGCAAUUCAACUCUUAAUCAGAAACGGAAUCGACGUGAAUGCAAGGGACAACGAUGGAAUGAAUGCCAUUCACUAUUUGUGUUGGUACCAUUCAAGCCAAAAAUUAAUCGACGCGUUUCAAAUUUUAAAUCAAUCCGGAAUCGACGCAAAGGCAAUAACCAACGAUGGAUCAAAUGCGCUCCAUUAUCUAUGUCGAUACAAUUCAACCCCAAAUUUAGUCGACGCAGUUGGUAUUUUGACUAAAUUAGGAGUGGAUAUGAUGCUGCCGGACAACGCUGGAUGGAAUGCGUUUUAUUAUUCGCAAAAUAAAUUUAACAAAGAGAUGAAAAUUUGGUUCGACCGCCAACAACCAAUAGGGGAAGGUGGCUUUGGUAUGGUAAACAAAGGGAAGUUCGGAGGUCGUGAAGUGGCAGUAAAAAGAGUUGAAAUGCGUCAUGUGGACAAAAGAGAAGAAGACGCAAUGCUAAAAUUGGAUCAUCCGAACAUCGUCAAACUUCUUCAUUAUGAAACGGACAACGACUUUAUGCAAGACAUUUUUUUUAUGACUUUAAAUAACAAAAUGAUUCCAAAAUUGAUUUGUUUUUUUCGUUCUCGCGUUAAAGAAAUUGAUGGCGAACUGCGCAAAUAUUAUGAGAAUGACUUACUAACGAAAAUGUUGGAAUAUGAUACGGAAAAAAGAAUGAAUUCGACAGAAGUCGUCAAUCAACUGGCAUCCAUUAAGAAUAAAUUGACUGAAAAAGAAACAGAAUUUCGACAACUUUUUGCUGGUUACACUUCGGCUGAUCUAGUUGGAAGAAUCAACGACUUAAUUCGCCUUGGAAUCGAUGUGAAUGCAAAGGGCAAAUAUGGUAUCAACAAACAUCGUUGCAUUGGCCAAACCAAUGUUACUGAACAGAGUUUUGUAUUGCAGAGAAUCGACUACUAG